AUGAGUUCCCAGUUGAAAGAUUCACAUUUGUUCAAACCAAUUACAAUAGGGGAUGGUAUUCAUUUGAAGCACCGAGUUGUACAUGCGCCCACUUCAAGAUCAAGGUCUACAUGUGAUGGUGAAAACUUCCCGACAGAUUUGAUGCUUGAUUACUAUGAUUCCAGGUCUAAAGAAGAAGGGACAUUUCUUGUUUUUGAGUCAUGUUUGGUGUCACCGAGGAGCGGAUUAGUUCCAUACAAGUCAGGAACAUGGUCGGUACAACAGUGUCAAGCGUUGAAGAAGAUUACUGAUAAGAUCCAUAACAACAAAUCCUUUGUCUCGUGUCAGAUUUUUGCCCCAGGUCGAGUAUCCAACAUUCAAGUUUUAAAAGAAAAAGGAAUUUUGUAUUUGGCUCCUUCUGUAAUUUACCAUUCCCAAGCUCAAGAAGACGAGGCUAAGCAACUAGAAUAUCCAUUACAGGAGUUGGGUAUUGACCAAAUCAAACAAAUUCAAGACGACUUUGUUGAUGCGGCUGUCAACUGUUUGGAGAUUGCAAACUUUGAUUUAGUAGAACUACAUGGAAGCUCAGGUUUUUUGAUUGAACAAUUCCUUUCGCCAACUUCAAAUAAAAGAAACGACCAAUAUGGAGGUUCUAUUGAGAACAGAUGCAGAUUUUUGAUUGAGAUUAUUGAAAAAUUGGUUGAAAAGGUCGGAAGCUCAAAAAUUGGCAUUAGACUCAGUGCAUGGUCUAAACACUUUGGAAUGAAUUAUAGUGAUUUAAUGGAUGAAAAGUUUCCGCCCUUAGUAUUCUGCCAAUAUAUUCUUGACUACUUAGAGAACUUGAAGCAGCAAGGGAAGGAAAUAGCCUACGUAUCUCUUGCUGAACCAAGAGUUUCGGGAUCAUCAGAUCAAGACCCUUUAGAUAACACAAAUGAUUCGUUGAUUUCUAAAUGGAGCGGUAUAUUGAUCAGGGCUGGCGGAUACGCUACCAACUAUAAGCUGGCGAUUAACAGUGCUUCGCCGCCAUGGCAACUCAAGAAAGACGUAGAUCAAGACAACAGAACAUUAAUUGCAUUUUCAAGGCCAUUCACAUCAAACCCAGACCUUGUAAACAGAUUGAGAAACAAUCUCAAAUUGGAUUUGUACGAGAGGAAAUUCUUUUAUACUCAUCAAUUGGAAGGUUACUUGACAUUCGGGGAUUACGUGAAUGACAAAGUUGGCUCAAACACAUUGCCAAUACCUUCAAACGAAAGGCAGAGAGAAGGUGUUUCACUCGCGUGA